UGUUUAUGCAAAGUAGCGCGAGAUCACGCGAGAUAAACAAAUAAUAUUUAGUAUUUCGAAUGAAUUGUGUAUUUCAAGAUGGAACCAAAUAGUCGUGGAAGGAGGAACGAGUUAGAUAUAGACAGUUUUCGUAGUGAUGACGCAGGCUUUGAUAGGGCUCGUAUGAGAAGACAAUCCGGCGGUUUCGUGGAUCUGGGUAAUGAAUCACAAUAUGGAACAGGCGGACACCAAGCCUCUGGGGCUAAUGAAAUCUUUGCAGAUAUUCAGGGAGAUGUGCCAUGGUGGAAAUCCAACUUCUUUAUAUCACAACCAGUCCUCUUUGGCACCUGGGAUGGGGUGUUCACAUCCUGCCUUAUCAAUAUAUUUGGAGUCAUUGUAUUCCUGCGGUCCGGGUGGAUAGUGGCUCAAGCAGGCUUAGUUAAUGCUAUACUAAUAGUGUUUUUCACAGUGUUUGUGGCCCUGAUCUCAGUGUUGUCAGCGGUUGGUAUUUGUGAAAGGUGCCGGAUAGAAAGCGGAGGAGUGUAUUUCUUACUUGCUCACACAUUAGGCUCCAGGAUGGGAGGCUCACUGGGUAUUGUCUACUGUUUUGGCCAGGCUGUAGGUUGUGCAUUAAAUGUGUUUGGUUUUGGAGAAUCAAUGGCCAAGUUGUUUGGGACUGAAGAGACAUGGGCAGCGCGAGGAUUCGCGAUUGCUGCAGUGCUGCUGUUGGGUACAAUAAAUAUCGCCGGAGUCAAAUGGGUGAUAAAGUUACAGUUUGUUUUACUACUGAUCAUUCUAAUGGCUGCUUUGGACUUCUUUGUUGGUUCAUUUACAACACACACUGAUGUACCUGGAUUUAAUGGAUGGCUUAAUAGUACAAUAUCCUACAAUAUGUGGUCAGAAUACAAGGAGUACACCUGGUUCAAAUGCUUUGGAGUAUUUUUCCCCACUAUUACCGGCAUUCUGGCUGGCAUCAAUAUGAGCGGGGACUUGAAUCCUUCUAUGAAUAUUCCUAACGGUUCAUUAGCAGCUAUUGGCACAGGAACUUUCCUAUAUUUGAUGUUCGUCAUCACCCUAGCCGCGACCGUAAGCAGGGAUGUGUUGCUGACGAACUUCUCUAUCGCAACAGACAUAUCGGCCAUUACGGUCCUGCUCCUAGCGGGCUUGUAUGUCAGCUCUAUGAGCUCGUGCUUGGGAGCCAUGUACGGAACCCCCAGAGUCCUUCAAAGCAUUGCAAAUGAAAAAGUUAUACCGGGACUUGAGACUCUCGGACAUGGCAGAGGUCCAAAUAAGGUUCCCAUAUACUCAAUGGUCGUAGUAGCCAUAGUAACCAUAACCUUCAUCAUAAUAGGCGACAUAAACAAGCUUGCACCCAUCGUGACCAUGCCGUUCCUUAUCACUUACGCUAGCAUUGAUUACUCUUACUUUGCCCUUGCUCAAACGUUUGAUUUGCAACAUAGGCGUGAGAUGAGAUUCCAGGGGCAUUCGCAGAGAGAUACGCAAGUGUAUGGCGCUACUGGCAGUGACUUGGAUCUAUUGUUCCCUGAAAGAAUAAGGCAUAAAAAUGUUGGUGAUUUCACGCCGUCCCCAACCGAGCCGGCGAUGGCGAACGGGCGAGCGGGCGGCGACGCCGACGGCCAGCACGGCGACGCGCGCCGCCCCGACGUCGGCGUGCACUCCAAGAACAAGAACUGGUACUCGCACCUGUGCAACCGGUGGCUGUCGCUCGUUGGGGUAGCAAUAAAGCUUCUCCUAAUGUUCCUGGUGCACUGGGCGUACGCGCUGGGAUGCCUCAGCAUCCUGUGGCUGCUGUGGCUGUACAUCGGCGCCGCCAACCCCGCCGUCAAGCCCGGCCGCGCCUCGGAGUUCCGCUUCUUCCACUGGCUGAAGAUCGCGUUCUUACAAGCUAUAGGAAAACGGCCGCUGGAGUACGAGCAGCUGGUCGUGACGCCCGUGCACUCCGACAUCCGCGUGGAGCAGGAGCGGCUCAACGACGACAACGAGGACUUCGCGUCGCGCCGCCGCUACCACCAGUCCACCAACGUGCAGAGCCACCUCGUCAGCGUCACGUAGCCCACACCGGCACACUUACCCCCUUAUAGUUCGUGUCAUCCACGAUGACGCGCAGAUUUGUCAACUCUAUACUUUAAUAAUAUGACAAUACGAGUCAAGACACGCAUCUUCGUGUAUGACACUAUCUAUUUUCGUAAUAUUUAGCAACCUCUUACAAACCUGUCUUAAAUUUCGUAUACGUGAGUGCAAACUCGGGCGUGCCGUAUAGAUCAGAAUAAAAUGCAAAAGUUUACUGAUAAAUUCGAUCAGAAUCCUUAAAAAUACAGACGUAGGUUAAGCCUGGGGAAAGGGAAAAAUCCCGACUUACACUCAACGGGAAUAACCUCCCGGGCGUUUUUCUUGGUGGACAGUGCAAAAGUUAACGACUUAGAUCUUCUUCCUCGCGUUGUCCCGGCAUUUUGCCACGGCUCAUGGGAACCUGGGGUCCGCUUGACAACUAAUCCCAAGAUUUGGCGUAGGCACUAGUUUUUACGAAAGCGACUGCCAUCUGACCUUCCAACCCAGAGGGUAAACUAGGCCUUGUUGGGAUUAGUCCGGUUUCCUCACGAUGUUUUCCUUCACCGAAAAGCGACUGGUAAAUAUCAAAUGAUAUUUCGUACAUAAGUUCUGAAAAACUCAUUGGUACGAGCCGGGGUUUGAACCCGCAACCUCCGGAUUGCAAGUCGCACGCUCUUACCGCUAGGCCACCAGCGCUUUUUAGUUAACGACUUAGAUAGGUACAUUUUACUAAGGCUUCGAUAAUACCGCUUUUAAGAAGAAAAUGUGAACUUGCGUACAUAAAGGUCUCGCAAGAACAUUUGGCGCAUAAACUUAACUCAUACUAAAAAAGUGUUUGACCCGCAAAUCUCAUACAAAAAUGAACCUCUUCCUUAAAAAGGACAGUGUUCUAGAAUUUACAAGCACCCAUAAGGUACGAUACCUGUUUUCUACGAUCGGUGCGUGACGAUCGCGCGCUAUAAAACUGCUAUAUUGCCCAGGGAACCCGCUCGGCCCGCGUGCUAGCUAAUUACAAUUUAAAACAAACUACUCGCUUAAUAGUUUGCAUUCAACUCUAUUGCGACAUUAGCGAUGUUAGUGUUAUAUUUUUUACGACCACGUGUAAAGUAAACCCUUUAAGUGCCAGGACUUGGUACAAUAUACACACCAAGUUUUACUUAAGGGUUUGAAUAUUAUUACAUUUGAUAACAAAGUAAACUUUAGGCCUGAUUUGAAAGCCAGAGAGUAAAAAUAUUCUGGCCAGGCUUUCGUGGCUUUUAAAAUCUGCCGCCUAUUUUGCAAUGAGUGUAUGACUAUAGUUCGUUUGUUUAGCAUUAGAAAAAAGGGAAACAAUCUUGACAUGUAUUUUUAUUGAAAAAUACUUUCUUAAAAUCAGUAACUAUUACUUAUGAAAGCAAAGGAAUGUAUAUUAUUUAUGAUUGUUACAUAUUUGCCGGGACUUAUUUUACUAAAGUGUUUUUAAAUAAAAAGACACGUCAAAAUCGCUUACCUGCUUUCUAAUGCUAAAAGAAUUGACUAUAUGCAGAAUUGCAGACUAUAGGUACAUGUUUUAAGGACAUUAACUAGGUCGUUAUUACAUGUGUCCUAAAAAUAAAAAAAAUUGUCCUUACGAGAUUUUGUAUGCAUCGAAACGAAUAUGAAAACGGUGCAUUUUAAACUGUACCCGUUUUCAUGUAUAAGGUAGUGGCAGCAAUAAGAUUGUCUACGGCAUUCCUUGCUGGACUUAUGGGGGGUUAAAACAUGGGGCUUUAUGCAUAGCCCACUGUGCAAAACGCCAAUCUAAAUAAUACUUAUUUUUAAUAUUUUUACGUAACUAAGAGACUUAUUUAUUAACGUUUUUAUAAUGUAAAUAGAAUUACUUUUUAAGAACAGCUCGACCUAGAACUAUACAGUUCAUACGUUUUCUAAAUAAUUACCGAUUUUUUUAUCAAUACAAAGGUUGUGUUUUUAAUUGUAAAAUAAAACAAUUUACUCGCAUCAGUUUACACUGAUCUAACAAUAUAUACAUAUGUUAACACGAUAUAUUAGGUCCAGAAGCUGAUAUACCUCUGGGGCGUUUUCACAAAAAUAAAAUGUAGGUAGUUUUAGUGGCAACGCGUCCAUAGAUCAUGAUGGUUGCAUAAUUAUGUCUGGAUAACUACAAGAAAAUGUGUAUUCCUAUUUGUCCCCGCCGGGUACAGAUGGAAUA